AUGACGCGGAAGCAGCCAGCGGCUGGCGCGGGGGCGACGAGGGCGGCGCUGAGGCGGGGGGCGUGGACGCCGGAGGAGGACGAGCUCCUGGCGCGGGCCGUGGCGCGGGAGGGGGAGGGCCAGUGGCGCACGCUGCCGCGGCGCGCGGGCCUGCUGCGCUGCGGCAAGAGCUGCCGCCUCCGCUGGAUGAACUACCUCAGGCCGGACAUCAAGCGCGGGCCCAUCGCCGCCGACGAGGAGGACCUCAUCGUCCGCCUCCACCGCCUGCUCGGCAACCGGUGGUCGCUGAUCGCCGGGCGGCUGCCGGGGCGCACGGACAACGAGAUCAAGAACUACUGGAACUCCCACCUCAGCAAGAAGCUCAUCAGGCGGGGCAUCGACCCGCGGACGCACAUGCCGCUGGCCGCAGCGGCUGCUACCUCCCACUACUCCAACAACCGCGACGCAGCAGCAGCAGCUGCUGCUCCCGACAAGACCCCACCGCCGCUGCCGGUGCUGAAGCCUACGGUGGCGGCGCCGCCGCCACCGCUGACAGAGCAGCCGAGCUCGUCCUCCGGCGCCGGCGUUGGAGGCGGCGACUUCCCCGCCAUGACGGGCCUCGGCGCCGAUUUCUUCGAAGGAUUGGGCGAUCCGUUCUGCGCCCUGGACGCCGCAGGCCGUGGCGGCUUCGACAUUGGCUGCCCCAUGAUCGACGACGGCACCUUCUCCUCGUUCCUGGACGCGUUGUAUGUGUCUAGUGAGCAGUUUGAGCACCUGCAGGCAACAAACCUGCAGAAGAAAAGAUACUGGGAUGUCUGA